AUCGUAUUUUAGUUAAUGUUGUGCUCUUCUACUUGUCAUUUUUUGCUUAUCUUUAUUUCCAUUUUAUUAGCUGCAAGAAAAUCAAUGUCGUUUGAUUUAAUAUAACACUGAAGGUUGGUUUAAUACAUCAUAAAAGUGGGAAGUUGAUUUACCAUAGCAUUGGUAUAAAUUAGCCAAAAAGUUGUCAGACACCAGCUUUUCCUGGUUAAUCAAGGGUACAUAAGUUGAUUUAACCUAUAAAUUUGAGUAAGCUCUCCAGGUUAUGUUCAUUAUCACGCUUCAAGGAAAACUUGUGACGAUUCAAUUAUUCAAGAAAGGAUCUUGGUUGCUGUUAAGUGUCAAUAUUUAUCUUUCUCUCUUAAUGGUUCCUCCAUGCUAAGCAAGAUGGAUUUGAGGGAUUAUAGAUAACGUUCACUUUGAACACUUUCAAUCAUCAAUAUGUCGUACCUUGGAUUCCGGCAGGCUUUCACAAGUGUUCCAACGGGUGCCCUGACUUACAGUUUCAUCCAAACAUUAGAGCAAGAGACUUUACUCAUGAGAAUGCAGUAUAAGAUUCACGAAGCACAGACUUAGCUCUUCCCGAAAAAAGUAAAAAGGGCAAGGAAAAGUUGCUUCUAGAAGCAGUUCUUUCAGGAAUGCCUUUUCUGCCAUUCUUUGUUUGUUUUCAUCCUUAUUUUUUCCAGGAACACUAUAAUAUAAGUCUUAUGGAAAAAUUAACACUCUACUCUCCUUGGACCCAUUUAAUGCGAUCAAACUGUCGUAAGCGCAUGAUACGAGUUAAAAUACCUUGGGCACCAAGUCUGUAUUUAAGUGAGUCAAUAUAUAUAUAUAUAUAUAUAUAUAUAUAUAUAUAUAUAUAUAUAGAACCAGUCAAUUAAAUGGUGUAUGUGUUUUCAUCAACAUUGUGUCGAGUCUUUGCCAUUACCAUAUCAGUUUGUAGUACUAUUUUGCACAAUCUGUUUUUGGUAGUCUUAUAACCAAUAUACGUGCCAAAAGUCUUUCUUUAUUAUACUUUGUCGUCAGUCAAACACCAUCAUAUAAAAUGAAACAAAAGGAUAUUGUUUUUCGAACAUGAAAUUAAGCCCUUUUUAAUCAGCAUCCAACUAAAUUUAAGAAAUGCAACUUUUAGGAGUUACAACGUAUGAUGGCCUCGAAAGCUACCUCUAGCAGAGGUGUUACAGAUUCCUUAUAUGACGAUGACUCAAGCAGCACGUCCGGUAAAAAUGCUUUUGGAUCAUUCUCUUAUAAUGGAAAUUUCUCUUCAAGCCCUCAACAUUUUUAUGUGAAAGAAAAACCUGUUUAUACAACACAACUUUCAGAUGUCGAAACCAUGAAAGAAAGAUUUGCAAAGUUGUUGCUCGAGGACGAUGUGACCGGAGGAAGCGAGGGGGUUUCCACUGCAUUAGCAUUGUCCAACGCCAUUACAUAUCUUGCAGUUUAUGUGGCAGUUGUUUGGAUUAAGGCCGCCGUAAGUGUUAUGUAGAGGCUGCCAUACGUUACUUAUGGAUCAACGUGGGUCGACCAGUGUGAAAUGCUCCUGCUGUUAUACGGUGAACCUUGUCCCAGGUACAGUUUCUUGAUGCAUCCACGUGGGCCGACCAGUGUGAAUUGCGACUGGGAAAAUUAUUGGCUUGCAAUUACUUGUCCUUUA